ACCCUUUUUAAUCGGAUAAAGUUUAAACUGAACCAUACGAAAGGACUCGCUCGUCGACGACGACGACGACCAGAUAUGCUGGUAAUUGAACCGGCGACCGCCGUCCGUAUCCCCACCGGCGGCUUUCCACGGGACUGUCGUUUUCAUUCUCACGCAAGCAACUUCUUCUCCAUUCCCUUGAACAAGUUCUCUAGAAGGAAUAAUUUGAUAAAGAGCAGGAUUAGGGCUUCUCUUGGAGAGCUUUCUGGUCCUGUAAAACAGGUGAAACCUCAGCUAUAUCAUCCCUCUGAGGACAUUUCAGAUUGUGAAGAAUUGGAUGAGAAUGGAUACGCCAUACUUAGACCUGCAGAAGCUAGUAGGACUAUUAUUGAGGCAAACAGCCAAGCGUUGCUUAUGUUCUCAGGUCUGGUCAGUGACGGAGUCUAUGAGAAUAUUUUCUUGCCUGAUUUGCCUUAUGUCAAGGGUGAACAUGGAAGUAUAUAUUUCCAAGUGAAAAAUGAUGAAGACAUUCUGCAAACUCUUGCUUCUGGGGAUAACCUUGUGCAAGUCAUAAUAGGCUUAGAUACCACAGAAAUGGUCAGUGAGAUGGAGUCAUUAGGUCAAUCAGAGGAUGAUUCUGGUUUUGAGGAUGAAGAUAGUGAUGUUGACGAUGACGAUCAAGAUGAGGAUGAUGAGAGUGACAACUAUGGAAAGGAUUGGGUUUCAAUUCUAGAAGAUGAUAAGGACUCUGAUGGAUCCCUUGGUGACUGGGCAAAGUUAGAGACCAUGCGUUCUUACCAUCCGAUGGAUUUUGCUAAACAGCUAGCAGAGUUUGUAUCAGAUGUUCCUGUUAAUUACAUGGACCAGCCUCCUGCUGGUCUUGCUAUUCAAGGCCUUCUGAGACCUGCAUUUGUUGAAGAGGAUUCCAUCAUCAACGAGCAUAUGUUUGACUAUCAGUCAAAUGAUGAAGAAGCAAAUCAGAUUGCUGAAAGUAAAGAAGAAGAUGUAGGUGUUAUUAAUGGCCUUGGGCAUGUAGUAGGUCCCUCUCAAGAUGUUAAAAUUUUGGAAGAAGAAUCGCAGACGGAUCAGAGCUUGGAAAGUGGGAAUUCAUAUUAUAAGCUAGAGGUUAUCAAAAUGCAAUUGAUUUCAGCACAUGGAAAUCAGGCUGCCGUUGAAGUGGAAGAUUUUAGCAGGUCCCAACCUGAUGCUAUUGCACAUUCAGCUGCCAAAAUCUUAUCUUGGGUAAAAUCUGGUGGAGACAAGACAACACAAGCUCUUAAAUCAUUGUGUUGGAGAUGCAAGGGCAUUCAAGUGGAGGAGGUGGCUCUUAUUGGCGUGGACAGCCUUGGAUUUGAUGUGAGAGUGUGUUCUGGUAGACAAGUUCAAACAUUGCGGUUUGCAUUUAAAAAUCGGGCAUCUUCGGAGUAUAGUGUUGAGAGCCAGUUGAAUUGCUUACUCUUCCCUAUAGCCCCGGGCAAGCAGCAGAAGAAAGAAGUUGUUCACCAAUCAGAACAACUCUCAUGAUAUCAUCAAACUUCUUUUUGGGCCACCUUUGUGUAAGUUAAACUAUGGCUAACCCUUUGUGUUUCAUCACUUUAUGUAACAUAGAAACAAGCCGAAUUACUUGUUAUAGCAUAAUCCAUUGCCUUGUAGAGUUCUCAGUCUAUGCAAGUUCCGUAAUUUACAUGUGGACGUGAUGA